AAAGACGAGCCCCGUCGGAAAGCACGCCUGAGCGAGAGACGAGAGGUGGAGAGUGAGAGCGCGUGCUUGCUUGCUUGCCUGCCCCGGCUGCGGUUGUAUUUCGGAGGGGAGAGAGAGAGAGAGAGAGAAAAGACCAUUUUCAGAAUCGCCAUGGCGGAGGCGUUUGCCGGUGUGUGGAAGCUGGUCGAGAGCGUCAGUUUCGACGACUACAUGAAAGCGCUCGGUGUGAACUUUGCCACAAGACAAAUUGCCAAUCUGACCAAACCCACCACCAUUAUUGAGGUGGAUGGUGUGAAAAUUACCAUCAAAACUCAUAGCACUUUCAAGAAUACAGAGAUCAAUUGCAAAGUGGGAGAAGAAUUUGAUGAGACUACAGCAGAUGGCAGGGAUGUCAAGUCUAUUGUGACACUAGAUGGAGGGAAACUUGUUCACAUACAAAAAUGGAAUGGAAAGGAGACCUCACUCAUUCGAGAAAUAAAAGAUGACAAACUAAUUUUGACUCUGACAAUGGGUGAUGUGGUCUGCACUCGCACCUACCAGAAAGAUAACUAGAGAGUUUCUACCUCCUUCCUACUACUAUUUUUCACUGCCAAAUUGCUGGUAUUUUUGUUUCUCCUUUCUGUGUUUUGUAUACUUACUGAAAUUUUGGAGACCUUUCAGUAUCCAACUUGACCUCUCUUCGUAAGUGCCAGUCACCUUGACCUUUAUGGAGUUUUGGGUUUGCACAUACAUUUUUACUAUUGAAGAGAUCUUUAAAAAAACAGAAUAAUAAAAUGAAGCAAUUGUUACAAAAAUGCCUAAUUCUGCUUUUAUCAGGAUUAUGAGUAUGCCUGGUUUAAAACCCCACAUUUCCAUCAAAAUUGAAGGUUAGAGUCUACUUAUCUACCCUGGAGAAUCGUAGGAUUUCAAGAUUAUUGUUACAGAGUUUUAUCAACUGCAGGCGAAUGAAUGUAACAACAGUCUGCAACAGCUUACAGCAAUGGUGUCUUUUUGCAACAAAAGAGGCAUUUGCUAUGUUCAUAAGGUUGCAUGUCUAAAGCACUCUUGGGAAAUCGAACACACAAGCCUGCAUUAGACCUUACUGUUGCCUGUUAGCAGUUGGCAUCAGAGCUAUAAAAUCUGCUAUAUUGAGGUGUGCUUGCUUUCUAUAAAACUACCAUAUUCUAUUGCUUUACAAAACAAAAUAUGUGUAAGACUGAUAUUGGAUUAGACUCAGCCAAUCUCAUCUGUGUAUUCCAAAUCAGUUGGUUUUCCAACACUAUAUAUUCCAUUGUUUAUCUGUUUAUCUGUUUUUCCCAUCACAAAUGUUACUAAAGAUCUGGAACAAGAUAAUCAAGAUUUUUCCCAGCCAGCAAAUUUACAAGUUGUCUCAUUACUCUGUUGGCUGCAUGGUGACUCGAUAGUCAGGGAACCACCUGCUUUAUCUACUAGGCAGGUUGAUUUCAGAAUGAGAUCUCUUGCAGAUCUGCAUUAUGGAAUUCCUUUUCUAGUGUGGAAGGUGUAGUCCCUGUACUUUUAAACACCACAGCAUUCAUAGUCCUGUGUCUUUAUUGGGCUUGUUUGUACAGUAUAUAAAUUGGCCCUAGAAACAUGAGUAUGGCUUAUUUAUCAAUUCAAUUUUAGGAAGGCACAGCAAAGAAAAAACAGAAUGGAUCAUACAGACAGCAGUGAGCAGACUGGAAUCACUCAGACACAAACCUCUGGGUGGAGUGAACAACUUUUAAAGUACACGGACAGGUUUGGAAAAAUGUGCCACACCAGUUUUAUUUUCUCCUGCUGUCAGCAAUAGUAUUUCCAAAGCACUGCAUCAUUCCUGGGAUGGUUAUAUCAUUUUUGACCAAACUUUCUUGCUCCGUUGCUUAGUCAGUGUCUAGAGAUUCUCCAGUGUUUGUAUUUGAGGAAGGAGUCGGUAAUUUUAAAUAAAGCACACCGAAACAAUAGCUGUCUUUGCAUAAAGCACCAUCUCCUAGAGCAGUA